CCCGCUAUGUCCCACUUGGCUAUAUCACUUCCACUUCAAGUGCCUCCUAUGGCCACAACAUCAGCUUACACCCUGUCUGGAUUUAGAAAUUCUCUAAUUACUUCGUUCCCAAUUAGGCAAAGCGAAUUUCUUACUGCACCAAAUUUAUGUCCUAAUCGGGUAAGUUGUGUCUGGCUGCGAGGAAGUUGAUUCUGCCGACC